UAUACUCCUCUUCAGUUUUCUCAUUUUCCCUUGUUAACGCUUCACACUGAGUCUGAAACUGACUCAUGUGGAUCAAAUUCACCGGAUCCUGCACCGUCAGAAUUUCUAACUCUUCCCUACACUUACACAAUUCCUCCGCCAGUUUCAGUUUUUUCUCUCUUUACUUCAAUUAGAUCAUCCAACAAACAUCACAUUAUAACAUUUUUAAUCCCUUGUAAUUUUUUAAAUUUAUUUUCACUAACUAUUUUUCACAAUUCUUCCUCCACAAUCCCGGACCCUUGGCUGUCAAACUUUUCUAACCAGGCCUCAUAAUUUGACCAUUUCCUUAAUAAUUAACGAUGAAAGUAAUCUCUGAAAUCCUCUGAAUCCCUGGGUUCUGCCUGUCCUUUCCAUUUCACAGUUUAAUAUCCUAACGUACUGUGUGGUUCAACUCGUCACCAGGGUCCCAGACCACUUUUCUUUCUUUUCCAGUGCACCCAGGGCGCGAAAAUAUGUUCACCGUUCAUCAACUGGAAUCAGUUCGGAAACUCACUAGGCAAAUCGUAAUUAAUCACAGCUCGCAUUUUAUUUUUCCUACACAAACAACAAAGUAACUACGUUGACCCCAGGCUAACAACUUAAAACAUGAAUUCCACUGUUCCUUCUGUACUAAUACACACCCUGACCACUUCUCAAAUUCACAACACUGGAACAAGGGAUCCCACUGUAUCCAAAUGAUCCAUCAUUUGUUCUCCAGUCCCUUCCUUGGGGGAUCUUCCUUCUGAUAGUUCGUCUCAGGAGUUAUCACACCUUUGCAUUUGAAACUCUUUACUUGUUCUGAAACAAGCCUAAUUUGAAACAUUUGAAACAACUCUUAUCAGUUCAGAGGACGCAUCUCAUUCUUGUUGGCUGAGGUCCAUCAGGCUGAUGACUAACAGAUUUCCAUUGGAAGUAGUCCAAGGGCUACACAACAUCAUGCCAAAGGUAAUUUCUUUUGUUCUCCUCCACUAUGGUUCCAAACAGACAAACUGUGUCGCUCAGACUCUCAGCAGAAAUAUCGAGAUUCCUUCUGCAGAACUGCCACUGUACGUAAUACACACCUUAUCUCAGAGAGACUUCAGGUUCAGAGAUAACGAGAUUGCUUCUGCAAACCUGACAGUGUACAUAAUGCACAGAUUAUGUGAGAGUGAUUUCAGGCUUACAAUGGGAACACCAGUAACUUCUUGUGUAAAGUUGAUCUGAUCAGGUUAUCCCACAGCAAUCAGUUCACAAAAUGGGGGUUAAAGAGCAGCUUCACAAAAUGGCAGCCUCUAUUCCUUCGACCUCAUGGCAAAAACACAGACAGUUGAACACUCUACUUCCACUGUCAUUGACCCAUUCACGUUCGAUAUUUUCUUGCAUAUGUUAAUUCAUUCAGACAGUGGUGUAUUUUGGUGCAGAGCAGUCAGGAUGGGAUGUUCCUCCAGUCAGAUGUGGGAACUCUGGACAUCUGACAGUUUUCCGAUGACUAUUUGCAGGAAGUGCACCCAAUCACAGCGCCGGACUGACUGGUUCAGAGAGUUGGAUGUACUCAGGAUCAUUCGGGAGCCUGAAGAUACUGUCAAUGAAACAUCUGAAGAGGUGGCCACACCCAGAGUACAAGCUUCGGACAGGAGAAGCGUGACCACCAGCAGAGUAAAAAUUGACAUUUUCAUUGACUGGAAGGUCAGCUCCUCAGUGCUCGGUGCCCGAGUGAUCCAUCUACUCCCCUUCCCUCCCCCUGCGAUUCCAAAUACGGCCUACGGACUAACGGGGAAAACGCUGGCCCUGUCAUCAAUGGCUGCCUCUUUACCCAGAAACCUACACGAAGAAGAGACCCAUCUAUCCGCCACGGCUCCAGCGUCUUCGCUCCUCACCAGGAAGUUCCCCGGAGCCCUCGUAGGGAGAGGGGUAAGGACUUGGACUGACCCGGGGUGCGGAGGAAAGGUGUGGCCGGUCGCGGUUCGGACGCCGGUACCGAUAAUAAUCCGCCCGGAUCCCCGCUCCAACCUGCCGCCGAGUCUCCGAGCCUUUUGUGCACCGUGCGCACGCGCGAAACUCACCGCGACCUUACGCAUGCGCAUGUGA